AUGCUUGAAUCCCGGAAACUCGUCAUCGACAUCUUCAAUAGUUUUGAACAGCCUGGUUGUCCAGGAAAUUUAGUUUGUCAACUUCGCCUCGCUGGCAAACAGCAGAGCUCGGACUCGCCAGUUAGAUGCCGUCGAUCAUGCAUUAUUUGGAGGCCCUUUCUUUUCGGCCUGAAGUGUUACCCGAAUAUGAGUGUGUUGGCUCGACCAGCCCUGUGGACAGAGGAAAACCAUGAGUUCCACGUCGCUGAUUGUGAUGAGGAAAAACUAUCGAAAAUGGUCGCCGAGCUGCAAGAUGUCUUGGACGGUGGAAACACUCUCAAGCGCCCGCUGGAGAACGAGCAUCAGAACCAGCAAUCAACUUCAAUGACUGCAGUAGACGGAAAACUCGGUACUGGAGUAUCAUCAGUCCAACAUCCAAAAAAAAGGCCCAGGAAAGAUACUGAGUUCAGCUCAGAUAGCUGGAUGCCCAGCUUAAUCUCGAGGGAUAAGUAUCAGUCCAAUCCCUGUGGCGUUUUCCAGUCCUCCAACUUACAAGGUUAG